UUGCCACCAGCCUCAUCGUUCCCUGCGCCAAACCCCUAAUCGGUGCCCACCACCAAAUCCUUAUCCUCUCCUCGUUCCUCCUCCGUUCGCAUGGCGAGCAUCGUGUGCUUCACCUCCGCCGUCAACUCCAUCACCUCUCCGUCCAAGGCUUCUAGCUCCACUUCUGGUCUAUCUCCCAAGUCCAAUCUCCCCUUCCCAAACCCCACUCACCAUGGUGCGGUCUCGAGGUUCCAGCCCCUCAGGGUUAAGGCUACUGAAAGCAGUACUAAUAGUGGCACGAAACGAAACAGCAUCGUCUGCGCUGAUUGUGAUGGGAAUGGCACCGGUGUGAACUCUGUUGAUCACUUCAAUGGUCGAUUUAAAGCUGGAGCAUCGUGUUGGCUUUGCAGGUUAGUAGUUGAUUAAAUAUAUUUACUUCUAGCAUAUGAGCAGCUUUCUCUUGCACUUGUGGAUAAUUGCAGGAGCAUUGAUGAAAAGAGAAUAUUUUAUAACUUUAGACCUUGAAUUGCUUGCAUGAUUAGAAUGAAUGGUGCUUGCGAGUUGUAUAGUAAACUUGUGAAUUUAGCAGAUGAAACAGAUAAAAAAAGAUUGAUGGAUCAUAAUAUUGACUGAGUUUGGUGUUUGACAACAGAAGAAAUUUUACUAUUUGGUAAUGAUCAUUUUGGAAGAGAGAAUUUAUAACCUAAUCAUAUCAUGUGCAGAUCUUGAGGUAAGCUGCAUACGGAGAUCAAUUUAAAACAGUAAGGCAACUUAAGAAACAGUUCAAAACUCUUUACCCUCUUUGGUGAUUGAAAAUCAUACCAGAUGCAGUGAUAGGGUUUCUGCAGAAUAUCAUUUUUGGCAUCACCUCCAAUCUGGAUUACCUCUUUUUGCAUACAGCCAUAAUACCUAUCCUUAAUUAAUAAGAGAUGUGUGUCAGUCUUUACCAUGACAUGAGUUGAACUGAACUAGCUUAUGACUGAAUCAUAAGUUUAGCAUUCUCAGGACUAUGCUUGCACUAAAUUUGCCUUACUAGAAUCUAGCUUUACCUUUUCAUAGUUGUAGGCUGAAUCUUAGGUUUUAGGAUAGAGGUGUUGGGUGCCUCAGACUUCAAUGACAAGUUUCAUGUCCAGAUUUCAUUUCCAUAUGUCUAAGAUUAUCCUGCUCUGUUUAUCCCUAUAUUUUUUAUAUUGUUUGCUACACCUUAAGGACGUAAAAUUAGUAAAUUUUCAGGUGUUCGAUAGCCUAAAACCGAAGAGAAAUAAAUCUCGUGUCUAAUUUUUCUGACAAGUGAGUUGCAUAUAGUAGCGAAGUUUAUGAGUUGCUGGUGCUUAUUCUGGUUACCUUUGCAGAGGUAAGAAGGAGAUCCUAUGUGGGAACUGCAAUGGUGCUGGCUUUUUAGGUGGCUUUAUGAGCACAUUCGAUGAAACUAGUGGAUAACUUGUCAAGAUGCCCAAUGGUCAUGUUGUGAUUACUGCUUAUCGAAAAAUCUAGGUUUCCCUUGUUGAGCAUUGGACUUAGUUUGCCUGAAUCUUUGUGGGAGGCAUUUGAAUCUUCUGCUUAAUUAGAUCCACUUAUGUAUUUUAACAAUUACCAAUUCAUUUGCAAAGCCUACUACUACUGUAUGUUGUUUACUUAA